UCUGUCCAGUCAUUUUAUAUACAGUCUAUGGAGUUAACUCAGAUCCGCUAAAGAAACAGGAAGUCUCCUUAUUUGGAGCGUAGGGUGUCAGUGGAACUUCCGGUUCGCUGCGAGUUGGAAAGGAAGUUUUUAUCCUGGAAUAAAAUCCUAAAACCCUGAAAUUCUGCUCCACACAGGAACGAAAGAUGUCCAAGUCCCUGAGGAAGAUCGUGGACGAGAGUCGAGACAAGAACCUCGCCGAGGUGGACAUGUCCGACAGGGGCAUGUCCAGCAUGGCGGACGUCCCGGGACUGUUCACGCUGUCUCACCUCACCCAGCUGGUCCUGAGUCACAACAAGCUCACAGCUGUACCUCCGAACAUCGCUGAGCUGAAGAAUCUGGAAGUGCUGAACAUGUUCAACAACCAGAUUGAAGAGCUGCCCACCCAGAUCAGCAGUCUACAGAAGCUCAAGCACCUGAACCUGGGCAUGAACCGUCUGAGCAGCUUGCCAAGAGGAUUCGGUUCUCUUCCUGCUCUGGAGGUCCUGGACCUGACUUACAACAACCUGAACCAAAGCUCUCUCCCCGGAAACUUCUUCUACCUGACCACUCUGCGUGCCCUUUAUUUGAGUGACAAUGACUUUGAGGUUCUUCCUGCGGACAUUGGAAAGCUGACCAAGCUGCAAAUACUGAGUCUUCGGGAUAAUGAUCUGAUCUCCCUGCCCAAAGAAAUCGGGGAGCUGGCUCAGCUCAAAGAGCUCCACAUUCAGGGCAACAGGCUGACUGUCCUGCCUCCAGAGCUGGGGAAUCUGGAUCUGACCGGUCCCAAGCAGGUUUUCAAGGCUGAGAACAACCCGUGGGUCACUCCUAUCGCAGACCAGUUCCAGCUCGGCGUCUCGCAUGUCUUUGAAUAUGUUCGCUCAGAGACCUACAAGUACCUCUACGGCAGACACAUGCAGGCCAAUCCAGAGCCUCCAAAGAAGAACAACGACAAGAGUAAGAAGAUCAGCCGCAAACCUCUGGCUGCCAAGAACAAGUGAGGAGGAGCAGCAGAAGAGCGGGAGGAUGUGCUGCAUGUGCCUUCAGUGCUUCACAGCAAAUCUCAUGGACAGACAGCCUGCUUCUGCUAACCGCCUUUUCAUGUAUUUUUUUUACCCUCAGCAGUUUUUAUAUUUUUUCUCACAGAGCUCUGACAUGAAAAGUUCCUACAGAGGGAAGGCAGUGACAUCACUGCUCCACGAGAACCCUGAGCAUGGCAGCAGUCUGUCACUGGACUAGAAGUGUAAAAGCUGAAAGAUCCUAAACAAAAGGCUGUCGGUCUCCCUCCCUUUUAUUUGUUCAUGUUCCUCUGAAGUUGUCAUGGCUACCAUCUAACCAAAACCAGCAGCCCUGUUUGACAUUUGUGUUCUCUAAGUGCUGUGAGAACAUCAGGUUCACUUACUAACAGUCAGCUGCUGCUCAGUAUUAUUCUUGAACUAAACUCAUCUGUACUUGAGUGUUGUUUGAGGCUCAGGACUGGAGUCCAGACACGUCGGACUCACACUCAUCAAUAUGUGUGUACCUUUAUUUUGAAAUUUUGAUAGACACCCCGCUUCCUGCUGAUUGAGCUGCAGCAGAUAAAACCCAGCGGUGCUGAAAUGCUGCCGUCAUUCCUUAGCAGAAGAACGAAGGAGCUCUGUGACGUGAACGAGGGCUCACAGCUGAAGACCGCCCACUCAUCUAAAUCUCACCAAAAAUGUUUCUGUUGACUCAAAAACAGAAACUACAGGUCUGGUCUUGCUGAUUCCUGCUAUGUCAGUCAUGAAAUUUAAAGAUUUGUUUUUUUUUAAAGUUUAAACACUAAUUUUGUCUUAAUUAAAUGUCAAUGAGUUUAUAGUGAAGUGCUGGAUAAGCACGGCAGACUGGAACGUGUGUCCUCACAGCUGACAGAAGCAGAACCAAGCAGAUCUCCACGAUCUGGGACGAGCCAACAGGUCCCAUGACCUGCUCAGCCUUUUGAACAUAGAGGGUUCUGUCUUCUCUCUGUACGUCUUCCUGCCUGUCUGUAGACCAAAGAGUCCACCUCCGGGCCUCCGGGCCUCCGGGCCUCUGUCCUGCUGCCUCUCCAAACACUGACUGAACCCAUCUGAUCCAGGAAAUCAGAACAAGGCUCACCUUCUGCAUGUUUGAGUGUACCUGCAGUCCAGUGAAAGGUGCUGACACAAUGAGUCUGGCGGUUCAAGCAGCAGCAUCUUCACUCUGAGCAGCUAAACGACAGGACAGCUUUUCUGUAAUCCACCGGUCACCAGCAUGUGGUCAGUGUGCUGACUGACCACUGCCUUUAAGCUUUCACUGUCCCUUCAGUUUCUCCUUUCACCAAGUGCCCUCAUAUUUCAGCAUUUUACCUUCAAAAUAAAGUCAUGGAAAGCACUACUGA